AUGGCAAGUGCGCGUGGCAUCCAUUCGACCGCGAGUGCUAGGAGUGGCCAUCGGAAACCCGCUCCACCGACCAACCGUGAGCUAACGGUGGGGCUCGUCGGUGCGAUAGUUCGUUUUACACUCGACAUACCAAAUGCCCUCCUGGGGCCGGAAGAAAUCACUUCUCGACAGCUGCUCAUCUGGUUGCGGCCAAUCGUCGAGAAGCUGGGUAAGCUGAUCGAACGAAUCCGACACGUGUGUCAACAAACGCAAACCGAAUCCGGCGAGGCCGCGGGGCAACCACCACCGACAACCAGCGCGUCCGGACCAGCAUCCGGCUUCAGUCAUCCGCUACACCGCUCGACACCGGUGCUGAGUGUGGAGAACAACGUAUCUGAUGUUAGCGGUGGGCCAUUGGGGCCGUCCGUAGGCACCGGCCCGUGCCAUGGUUUGGCCCAGCCGACGGAAGACACACCGUGUCGAAAGGUUUACAUCCAGCGGGAUGGUAAUUACGCCAUCCGCGAAACUACCGAAAGGCGUGGACCGAGUGGCACAUUUCAGCGAGUAACCAAAACCAUCAGCGGACCAGACGUCGCCAUCCUGAUGAGCAUUACGAGCCAACUGUCGGAGCUGCCGGCCCUGACGGUGGAUCGACCGGUGGGCGAGUGAG